AUGGCAAGCCACGGUGUAUCACGCGGUACGGGCCCUGUCGUGCGCUCGGAGGAGGCUCGACAGAAGGAGCUUGAGCAGAUCGCACAUUACAAAGAACUAGUAGAUUUGGUCAACACAAAGAUCUCCGAAAAGCAAUAUACAAUCGAAGUGCUUGGCCUGGUUACAAAGCUGCUGAACGAGAACCCCGAAUACUACACAAUAUGGAACCACCGCAGACGCGUCAUCAUGUCCCUGGUGGCCGCAGACACACCCGCAAAAUCUCCACAUGAUCUGUUGGAGGAUGAUUUACACCUCACGUUUGUGUUGCUGCGAAAGUUUCCCAAGUGCUACUGGAUAUGGAACCAUCGCAACUGGCUUUUGCGCCAGGGGGAGACCUUGAUGGGUGCAGAAGCAGCGCAUAAGCUCUGGUUGGGAGAGUUACAACUCAUAAAUAAGAUGCUGCAUGCAGACAGUCGAAAUUUCCAUGCCUGGAGCUAUAGACGUAUUGCAGUAUCCGAAAUCGAGCGCUUAGUGGCAUCCCCUGAGACUAAAACGACUGAGGAAACUCCCAAGAGCCUCUCUGAGUCCGAGUUUGAAUAUACCACAAAGAUGAUCAAGACCAAUCUCUCCAACUUUUCUGCUUGGCACAAUCGCAGCCAGCUCAUACCCAAGAUCCUCCACGAGCGCAACGCAGACUCCAAGGCGCGCCGCGCUUUCCUUGAUUCAGAACUAUCUUUGAUAUGCGAGGCCAUCAACACUGACCCAUUCGAUCAAUCCAUAUGGUUUUACCACCAGUACCUUCUCUCCGUCAUAUCUCCCUCUUGUCCACCGAAUCGGCUGGUUGUUCAAGACCUGACUGAUGGCGAGCGGCAAAAGUACUACGAUAACGAGAUGGGGUAUAUACGAGAGAUUUUGGAGGACGAGGUGGAUUGCAAAUGGAUAUAUGAGGCGCUCCUCGGGCUCGCAGAGGUGUAUUUGGAGGUCGACGCUGAUACAAAGUCGUUCACAACAAAGGACAUGAGGUCAUGGCUAGACGAGCUGAAGCGGUUGGAUCCGUUGCGGCGGGGACGGUGGGAUGAUUUACAGGGAAGGCUUAGUCUCUGAGUGCCGCUGGUCCAUGAAAGGUGAGAAUCAUCAGGGUUUGCCCUUUGUUUCUUCGUUGCUGUUCUUCAGGGGUAGUGCCUCCUUCUUCGGAUCCCUUUUCCAAGCCCACAAUCCCAGCAUGUUCGACCAGGAGUUGUCAGGUGAUGCGGAGGCAAUAGCUUCUUCCUGCUUAGCUUGAACUUGGCGUUGAGUUGCAGAUACCGCCGUGCUGGUUGUCGCAGGUGUAGGGUUGGCACUGCUCGCAGCAGCAGCAGCGGCAGCUAAUUCUCUGAUACGAGCGCAUGUAAGUGGACGUGUGAGAGUGCGUUCAGAGACUGUGCGUACUGUUGGUACUCGUCAUUCAUCCGUGCUAGCCGUUGUUUCUUGAACUCUCCAUCGAAAGUAGCCACUCCAAUUGAUACACCAACUAUCGUUGCCAAAGCAAUAGGGAGGAUGCGUCCGGCCAUUUUUUGUUAGCUGCUUGUUCAAUGGAGCUGUUCUGUCAAGGCGGAGUUCUG